CUUCGUAAUUAAGCUAAUACCAGAAAUUUCCAUGAAGCAUCUUUCCACCGUCUGCUUCCUCACUCCUCAUACUUUUUUUUUUUCUUCCAGAAACCCUCGUCGCUGCGAAACGCUUCCGACCGGCGACCUAAAAUCGUACGGCGUCUCUUUCUAGUCUACACGUGUUUCGAAGCAUCUACAGCUCAUCGUCUUCGUCCUGCCUCUGCAUUGAUUGUACGGAUCGACGACGAGACUCAGCUUUCAGGAUAACUACUCUAUGUUGCAACUGAAUGCUGCUGGUGGAGAAGAUGACCCUGAUUUUAAGUGGGGUGCUAGGAGAGGAUUUAGACGGAAAGAUAGUAACGUCCAGUUCUAUGAAUCAUUUACCUAUGAGGGCAUCGAGUACCGCCUUUUCGACUGUGCUUAUUUUUAUGUACAUGGUCAAUGUGAGACUUCAAUCGGGAAGCUUGUCAACAUGUAUGAGACAUCAGCAGGUGAGAAGAAAGUAAAGGUCAUUUGGUUUUUUCGACCUAUUGACAUCCGUCGCUUCUUGGGAAAGUAUGAGCCAAAAUGGAAUGAGUUGUUUCUGGCUUGUGGUGAUGAAAAAGGGGUUUCCAAUAUCAGUGAUGUGGAGACGAUCAUGGGAAAAUGUAAAAUUGUAUGCAUAUCGGAGGACCGUAGAAACCCACAACCAGAAAGCAGUGACCUGAGGAGAGCUAAGUAUGUCUUCUCCCACACCUUCGAUACGAGGCUGAGAAUUUUAUCAAACGUCUUUGCAGAUGCAAUAGCUGGAAUUGGAGUGGAGAAAUUCUUUAAUAGGAUAAGAGACAAACAGCCUGUAAAGCGCCUAACCUCAAGCGCAGCUGCCAGUUCCAGGGCUUCUCCAGUAAAAUCUAUUCAUCCAGAUUUGGGGUCAACAAAGUUAGGAAAAGAAGACAACAGAGAUGGAAAGCUGACGAAUAGAACAAACUCGGGAAAGAGAGUCUCUUUUCUAGACGAACGUGCUGAUCAUGUACAUGCGAAGAAGAACCCUCAUGUCAAUUCUGAUACCAGAUCUAGAGGUCCGAUAACCAAAACCAGAGCAUUUGGAGAGUUACAUGCUUCAGGUUCAUCAGUCGAUGCUAAGGCUUCUAAGAAGAGGAAGCUUAUACUCAACACGCCAGAAACAGAUGAUUCUGAUGGCUCAGGCCCCCAACUAGGAGAGAAGAAAUUCAUGAAAAAAUUACCUCCUCUUGUAGAAAAAGCUCCAAAUCAGAACAUCAAGAAAAGCAGCUGGUACAAGAAACUGCCUUUCGAGGAAGAACUAAAGGCGGCUAUAGAGGAAAGUAGGGUGCUCUUAAUUGAGAACCUGGAACCAUCAUACACAUCGCUGGAGGUAGAGGAACUUUGUUGGCAUGCUUUCAAUGAAAGAGUUGAUGCUAAGAUGAUCCCUUCUAGUCUCAUGUCUACCCCACAUUGUGGCAGGGCUCUUGUGAUUUUUGGAACCACAAAGGCAGCUGAUUCUGCCUUGUCAUGGUUAACUGAAGAGGGUCUGAUGUUACCUGGCCAAAGACCUCUAGUGGGUAGCAGAAAUGUCCCAGUAGAAAUUGGAAAACGUAGAAGUUUGACUGGCCAUUUUAGCAUGCUGGAUAGAUCUAUGAUGACAACUCAGAAGAGAAAGGCCGUCUCAACAUCACAUUGCACGCAGCCCAACCACGCUGUAGACUCUAUGGCCUAUGAGUGGCUCGCUCUACAGGCAAAGUCAGAAUUGACGUGGAAGAAGUUAUCCGAGAUACAAGCCAAGGAGAUUGACAUCCUCAAACGCAUAAAGCAACAAGGAACCAAAGGAAAGGAACAAUGUGCAAAAAAUCCUUACUCUUAACAACAGCACAAAAGAACACUUCAUGGUUUUGGUUUAGUUUUUGGAAUCUAGCUGAUGUAAACCCAUUGUGUCAUUUAGGUGGCAACUAGGCACAAAAGAACACUUCAUGGUUUUGGUUUAGUUUUUGGAAUCUAGCUGAUGUAAACCCAUUGUGUCAUUUAGGUGGCAACUAGGCAGUAACCUUAUACACUCACCUAGCAGGUUGAUGCUAAUAUUUUGGUAGGGUUACAUAUAAAAAUCUACUUGACAGGUUUUGAUGUCAUAGAGUCUAAGUUUAUGUUGCCCCUAAAAAACA